AUGGCUCCACAAAAGGCAUCUACAUCAUGUAUCUCCGAUGAUGCCCUGCGCAUCCCAGCACUCGACAAGCUACGUGGACGUCGCGUCAUUCUAGCUAGCUCUAGUCCACGUCGCAAGGAAAUCCUAGCAUCAGUCGGCAUUCACCCGGAGAUCAUCCCUUCGACCUUUGAGGAAGACCUACCCAAGUCUUCCUUCGCGGGAGAGAAGGCGAUCCAAUAUCCAGCCGAGACGGCUGCGCACAAGGCGCUGGAAGUGUAUCAGCGAUUGCUGAAGGAGGAUCCCGACGCUGAAAGGCCGCCAGAUAUGGUGCUGGCGGCGGAUACGGUCGUGGUGAAGGAUGGGGAGAUCAUGGAGAAGCCGGCAGACAAGGCAGAUCAUGUCAGGAUGCUGGGGGAUCUCAAUGGUGGAGAGUGCCAAGUUGUAACCGGAAUCGCCCUUGUCCUACCCACGCUCACCUCCCCCGGCUACCAGCUCCACUCCCUGUCAGAGACGACUGACGUCCAAUUUGCAGACUCGCCGCCGGAGAUCCUGGAAGCCUACAUUGCCAGCGGCGAAGGCAUGGAUCGCGCAGGUGGCUUUGCCAUUCAGGGCAAGGGCGGGCUCCUAGUCAAGAGGAUAGAGGGAGACUGGAACAAUGUCGUAGGCCUGCCAGUGUUCUCGCUGUGUACCUUUCUGCACGAGUUGGUUGAGACAGGGCAGUUGGACUUUGACGAUUGAUCGAGAGGGGCAGAAGAUGGGCAAUAGGAUAGAGUAGCACAAAGAGGGAAAAGAUGUGAGGUUGCCUCCUGAUUGACCUGCCGUCCUCCCUGGGCCCGCUGCAUGUCCAACUCAGCCGACCUCUCAGAUCCCACUAAGCCUCGAAUACUCCGGGCUCGUCUCGAUGUAGUAUUUUCCGAAGAGCUUGGGUUUCUCCUUGACCAUGAAGGCGAGGAAGUCAUCGAGGUGCUCUCGUAGGAUGCCU